AUGUCUUCAACCGAUGCAUCUUCAAUGGAACCAUCACCAACGGAAACAGUCACUGAAACAUCGACCGUAGAACAGACGUCUCCAGAGAUCAUCACUGAAACAACAACACCAGAAAUCACCAUCGAUACCGAAAUAACUCAAACCUCAUCUGAAGCAACCACUGAACCACCUACCGAGAAAACAAAUACUGUGGAAUCAACCACAGUAGAAAUUAUGAGUGAUACAACGUCAGAAAUUGAAACAACGGAAGGUACCUCGGAAACGGAAUCGUCCACUAGUGAAACAACCGUUGAUUUAACAACCCCUGGAAUAAUCACUGAAACUUCAACUAGGAGAGCAACCGGCUGGGACAUAACGACUGAAACAAUAACACUAGAAACAAUCACUGAAACAUUGAGUUCAGAAUCAGUAAACGUUGAGGAAACAACGGAGUCGUCACAAUCAACAACAUCAACGGAAACCCCCGAUACUGAGACAACAUCAACAGAUUCAUCAUCGUCCGAGUCGACAAUAAGCGACACUACAACUGCAGUUUCAACAUCCGAUGUACAAACGCAGACUGUAACUCUGGAAACAACAAGCGAAAGCAGGUUACCUGAAUCAACAACUUCAUCAUCGGAAAGUGAAGCAACAACGAUUCGACCAACACCUGUUGAAAUAACAGAAAGUUCUUCAACCGGAAGCGAAACAGUAACUGAAUCGACUGGUGAAACAACAAUACCAUCGGAAGAAACUUCAGGUAGUCCUGCGGAAACUACAACCCCCGAAACUCCCACCGAAACAACCACGGAAAUGCUAAUAGUGGACACAGUAACUGAACCAGAAACAACUUCACUGGAAACAUCGAGCGAAAAUCCAACACCUGAGCCCAAUUCUGUAGCUACAGAAGAUGAAGUUUCAACGAUUCAAUCAAUACCUGAAGAAACCACAGAACGUCCUUCAACAGAAGUGGAAACAUCAACUCAGUCGACAGAUGAAACAACACCACCAUCGGAAGAAAUUUCGGAGAAUGAAACGCGAACUACAGAUGAAACCACAACGUCUGAAUCAACUGAGUUUGUAACUACUCCACCUGAAACCACCACAGAGUUACUUAUAGUUGACACGGUUACUGAACCCGAAACCACUUCUCAGGAAACGACAAGUGAUGAUUUAACACCCGAAACAACGACUACUUCAACAGAAAUUUUAAUGACAACGCAGGAAACAACACCCGAAGAAAUAACAGAACGUCCUUCAACAGAAGUGGAAACAUCAACUGAGUCGACAGAUGAAACAACGCCACCAUCGGAAGAAAUUUCGGAGAAUGAAACGAGAACUACAGAUGAAACCACAACGUCUGAAACAACUGAGUUUGUAACUACUCCACCUGAAACAACCACAGAGUUACUAAUAGUUGACACGGUUACUGAACCCGAAACCACUUCUCAGGAAACGACAAGUGAUGAUUUAACACCCGAAAUAACAACUACUUCAACGGAAGUUUUAAUCACAACGCUGGAAACAACACCCGAAGAAAUAACAGAACGUCCUUCAACAGAAGAUGAGCCAGUAACUGAGUCGACAGAUGAAACGACACCACCAUCGGAAGAAAUUUCGGAGAAUGAAACGCGAACUACAGAUGAAACCACAACUGAGUUUGUAACUACUCCACCUGAAACCACCACAGAGUUACUAAUAGUUGACACGGUUACUGAACCCGAAACCACUUCUCAGAAAACGACAAAUGAUGAUUUAACACCCGAAACAACAACUACUUCAACAGAAAUUUUAAUGACAACGCUGGAAACAACACCCGAAGAAAUAACAGAACGUCCUUCAACAGAAGAUGAACCAGUAACUGAAUCGACAGAUGAAACGACAUCACCAUCGGGAGAAUCUUCAGAUAGCUCAACAGAAACUAUAUUCGAAACCACAACUUCUGAGACUUCUAAGGUUGAAACAACUGCUUUUGAAACAACCACAACAACUCAAACAGAAGGCACUAAAACUGAACCCAAAUUGACAUCACGGGAAACAACAGAUGUAUCGACUAUUGAAUCAACAAUGGACACUACAACCGAUAAUGUACCCUCCGAAUCACCAACCCCAUCAACAGAAGUUGCAGGAACAACCAUGGAAACAGCACCUGAAGAAAUAACGGAACGUUCUUCAUCUGAAAGCGAAUUAGUAACUAGGCCGGCAGAUGAAACAACAAAACCACCGGAAGAAAAUUCGGAAAGCAUAACGGAAACUACAACUAAGACAACUGAGUUUGAAACCUCUGCUCCUGAAACGACCACAGAAAUGCUAAUAGUUGACACGGUUACUGAACCAGAAUCGACUUCACCGGAAACAUCAAACGGAAUUGUAUCAUCAGAACCAACAAUUCCAAACACAAAUGAUGAAGUUUCAACUGUUCGAACAACACCUGAAGAAAUAACAGCACGCCCUAUAACAGAAGGUGAAACAGUAACCGAUUCAACGUCUGGCACAACAGAGUAUGAAACCACUCCUCCUGAAACAACCACGGAAAUGCUUACAGUUGACACGGUUACUGAGCCAGAAACCACCACACAGGAAGAAUCUACAGAGACAAGUGAGUUGGAGACAACUCCUCCUGAAACGACUACAGAAAUACUUACAGUUGACACGGUCACAGAAUCAGAAACCACACCCCAGGAAACAACAACACCAUCGCUAGAAAUUUCAGAAACUGACGCAGACACUACAUAUGAAAUAACACCAUCUGAGGCAACUGAACUUGAAAUCACCACGCCUGAAACAACCACAGAAUUGCUUAUUGUAGACACUGUUACUGAACACGAAACAACAACACAAGAAACAACUGAAAAUGAAACACACGAAUCAACAGUUCCAUCAACUGAUGUUGUAAUUACAACGAUUGAAACAACAUCUGAAGAUAUAACAGAACAUUCCUCAAAUGAAUCAACAACACCUUCGGAAGAAACUUCAGCUGGGUCGACAGAAACUACGGAUGGAACCGUAACGCCAGGGACAAGUGACUUCGAGACAACACCCACUGGAACGACUACAGAAACACCAAUAAUAGACACUGAUACGGAGCCCGAAACGACAUCACGCGGAACAAAAGAUGAAACGACUAUCGAGUCCACAACCAUGGAAACAACACCACCUGAAGAAAUAAGUGAACUAGUUACUGGUUCGACAGAUGAAACUCCACCACCAUCGCAAGAAAUUUCAGAAAGUGAUGCAGACACUACGUAUAAAACAACACCAUCUGAGGCAACUGAGUUUGAAACCACCACGUCUGAAACAACUACAGAAAUGCUGGUAGUAGACACUGUUACUGAACCCGAAACAACAACACAAGAAACAACUGACGAAACGACUAUUGAGUCGACAAUGGAAACGUCAACAGAAAAUGAAACACCCGAAUCAACAGCUCCAUCAACUGAUGUUGUAAUAACAACGAUUGAAACAACAUCUAAAGAUAUAACAGAACAUUCCUCAGAUGAAUCAACAACAGCUUCGGAAGAAACUCCAGCUGUGUCGACAGAAACUACGGAUGAAACCGUAACGCCAGAGACAAGUGACUUCGAGACAACACCGACUGCAACGACUGCAGAAACACCAAUAAUAGACACUGAUACAGAGCCCGAAACGACAUCACAGGGAACAAAAGAUGAAACGACUGUCGAGUCCACAACCAUGGAAACAACACCACCUGAAGAAAUAAGUGAACUAUUCACUGGUUUGACAGAUGAUACUACAACAACAUUACAAGAAAUUUCGGAAAGUGAUGCAGACACUACGUAUAAAACAACACCAUCUGAGGCAACUGAGUUUGAAACCACCACGUCUGAAACAACUACAGAAAUGCUGGUAGUAGACACUGUUACCGAACCCGAAACAACAACACAAGAUACAACUGAUGGAACGACUAUUGAGUCGACAAUGGAAACAUCAAGCGAAAAUGAAACACCCGAAUCAACAGCUCCAUCUACUGAUGUUGUAAUAACAACGAUUGAAACAACAUCUGAAGCUAUAACAGAAUAUUCUUCAACCGUAAGUUACACAAUUACUGGGUUGACAGAACCAGCAAAUGAAACAACGGUAGUUGAGUCUACAACACAAGACACAACUGCAGUAACCACAUCAUUCGAAACAACAACGACUACGCCUUGCCCUGAAACCAAAACCACUGACUCAACAACAGAAUCAACAACAGUCGAAAUAACAACGACAACGCCUUGCCCCGAAACCACAACCACUGAAUCAACAACACAAAAGACAACUACAGAAUCUACGACAGUGAAAAUAACUACGACGACGCCUUGUCCUGAAGUCACGACUACCGAGUCUACAACUCAAGAAUCAACUACAGUAUUUACAACAGUCGAAACAACAACGACGACGCCUUGUCCUGAAACCACAACCGAUGAAUCAACAACACAAGAGACCACUACAGAAUCUACGACAGUGGAAAUAACAACUACGACGCCUUGUCCUGAAGUCACGACUACUGAGUCUACAACUCAAAAACCAACUACAGAAUCUACAACAAUGGAAACAACAACGACGACGCCUUGUCCUGAAAUCACGACUACAGAGUCCACAACUCAAGAACCAACUACAAUAUCUACAACAAUCGGAACGACAACGACGACGCCUUGUCCUGAAAUCACAACACAAGAGACAACUGCAGGAUCUACAACACUAGAAACAACAACAACAACGCCUUGUCCAGAAACCACAACCACUAAAUCAACAACACAAGACACCACUACAGAAUCUACAACCUUAGAAAUAACAACGACAACGCCGUGUCCUGAGUUCACAACCACUGAAUCUACAACAUUUGAAACAACAGAGACAACGCAUUGUUCUGAAAUGACAACCACUGAGUCUACAACACAAGAGACAACUACAGAAUCUACAACCUUAGAAAUAACAACGACGACGCCUUGUCCUGAAAUCACAACCACUGAAUCAACAACACAAAAAACAACUACAGAAUCUAUAACAAUGGAAACAACAACGACGACGCCUUGUCCUGAAACCACCACAACUGAAUCAACAACACAAGAGACAACUACAGAAUCUACAACCUUAGAAAUAACAACGACGACGCCUUGUACAGAAACCACAACCUCUGAAUCAACAACACAAGAGACAACUACAGAAUCUACAACAACAACGACGCCGUGUACUGAAUCCACAACCACUGAAUCAACAACACAAGAGACAACUACAGAAUCAUUAACAUCGACAACGCCUUCUACUGAAUCCACAACCACUGAAUCAACAACACAAGAGACAACUACAGAAUCUACAACAACGACGACGCCUUGUACUGAAACCACAACAACUGAAUCAACAACACAAGAGACAUCUACAGAAUCUUCAACAUUGGAAAUAACAACGACGACACCUUGUACUGAAACCACAGCCACUGAAUCGACAACACAAGAGACAACUACAGAAUCUACAACAACGACGACGCCUUGUACUGAAACCACAAUCACUGAACCAACAACACAAGAGACAACUACAGAAUCUACGACACUAGAAACAACAACAACGACACCUUGUAUUGAAUCCACUACCACUGAACCAACAACACAAGAGACAACUACAGAAUCUACAACAACGACGACGCCUUGUACUGAAACCACAACCCCUAAAUCAACAACACAAGAGACAACUACAGAAUCUACUACAACGACGACGCCUUGUACUGAGACCACAACCACUGAAUCAACAACACAAGAGACAACUACAGAAUCUACAACAACGACGACGCCUUGUACUGAGACCACAAUCACUGAAUCAACAACACAAGAGACAACAACAGAAUCUACAACAACGACGACGCCUUGUACAGAAACCACAACCCCUGAAUCAACAACACAAGAGACAACUACAGAUUCUACAACAACGACGACGCCUUGUACUGAAACCACAACCACUAAACCAACUACACAAAAGACAACUACAGAAUCUACAACAACGACGACGCUUUGUACUGAGACCACAAUCACUGAAUCAACAACACAAGAGACAACUACAGAAUCUACAACAUCGACGACGCCUUGUACUGAAACCACAACCUCUGAAUCAACAACACAAGAGACAACUACAGAAGCUACAACAACGACGACGCCUUGUACUGAGACCACAACCACUGAAUCAACAACACAAGAGACAACUACAGAAUCUACAACAACAACGACGCCUUGUAUUGAGACCACAACCACUGAAUCAACAUCACAAGAGACAACUACAGAAUCUACAACAACGACGACGCCUUGUACUGAAACCACAACCCCUGAAUCAAUAACACAAGAGACAACAACAGAAUCUACAACAACGACGACGCCUUGUACUGAGACCACAAUCACUGAAUCAACAUCACAAGAGACAACUACAGAAUCUACAACAACGACGACACCUUGUACUGAAACUACAACAACUGAAUCAACAACACAAGAGACAACUACAGAUUCUACAACAACGACGACGCCUUGUACUGAAACCAUAACCCCUGAAUCAACAACACAAGAGACAACUACAGAAGCUACAACAACGACGACGCCUUGUACUGAGACCACAACCACUGAAUCAACUACACAAGAGACAACAACAGAAUCUUCAACAACGACGACGCCUUGUAUUGAGACCACAACCACUGAAUCAACAACACAAGAGACAACUACAGAAUCUACAACAACGACGACGCCUUGUACUGAAACCACAACCCCUGAGUCAACAACACAAGAGACAACUACAGAAGCUACAACAACGACGACGCCUUGUACUGAGACCACAACCACUGAAUCAACAACACAAGAGACAACUACAGAAUCUACAACAACGACGACACCUUGUACUGAAACCACAACCACUGAAUCAACUACACAAGAGACAACUACAGAAUCUUCUACAACGACGACGCCUUGUACUGAGACCACAACCACUGAAUCAACAACACAAGAGACAACUACAGAAUCUACAACAACGACGACGCCUUGUACUGAAACCACAACCACUAAAUCAACAACACCUGGAACUACAACAGCGACAAUGCCUUGUACUGAAACCAUAAUCACUGAAUCAACAACACAAGAGACAACUACAGAAUCUACAACAACGACGAUUCCUUGUACUGAGACCACAACCACUGAAUCAACUACACAAGAGACAACAACAGAAGCUACAACAACGACGACGCCUUGUACUGAAACCACAACCACUAAAUCAACAACACCUGGAACUACAACAGCGACGACGCCUUUUCCUGAAUCCACAUUCACUGAAUCAACAACAAGUGAGGCCACUACAUCGGAACCUUGCACUGAAAUAGAAACAGUUGUGUUUACAACAAAACAUGAAUCAUCCACUGAUACAACAUCAUCCACACCCUGUAAAGAAUCGGAAGCAACUGCAGCAACACCCCCGGAAACGGAGACUACAGAGACAGCCUGCGAACCAGAAGAAGAAGACUCAGAAACAGCUCCUAGUCGACAUAGCGUGCGCAGCAUCUCUAACAAGGACAAUCUGGCGGUUAGUCAAGGUCGCUGGGAACUUCCCGGGUACGAUGUGUUCUACCAUCAGUACGAAGAUGACGCACAGACUGCUAAAAAUCCCGGACUGAACGCACACCUAAGUUUGCUGCUCGAAUAUCCGCGAUCCGUCAUGAUCAAUGCGAUCUCCAGAAAACGUCCUCAUCCCAGCGUAUCGACUGCAACAUCCUAG